UCAUUAGUUUGAUCCAAUUAUGCCUGACGUAUUUACCGGAAGUAGCUGUCACGUGAUGUUCUGAAAGUCGUCUAUCAAAAAUAACAGGAUACAUGAGUACCACAAAUGGAAGCGACAGUGUUAUGAAAGAAGGCUCGUGCACCGUGACUUCCUGCAGAAUUCAAGUAGUUAUACAACUUCAGUGCAUGCAGUGUUUUUUUCAGACUCUGUUUUGAUGCUGUUGAAAUAGUUGCAGAGGUAGUGAGAAGUCAGAAUGGCCAAGAGAAAAGGGUCGGUAGAUGCCUGUGCAGUAACAGAAACUAAGAAAGCAAAGCGAGUCACAAAGGGGACGACACAGAGGAAACCGAAAACACCUGGCAGUAAAAAACUAUUGGAAGGUGCCUGUGCUGACAGGCUAGUCUCUGCAGUGAAUUCUUCUAAGGUUCCAAGAGGAAAGAAAAAGAAGCCAGACUUCAAAGUUCCAGCGACAGCAGAUGGGGCUUCAAAACAGAAGAGCAUCAAACAUGAACCGAAGGAGGAGCCAACUGAAAUUAAAAUAGAGGACCAUGACAACAAGGACACUAUGAGCACCUUGAAGGACAGGCUGGCCGGCAGUGUGAAGAAGGAGAGCUCGGAGGAGGACAGUGAUGAGGAGGAGUGGGAGGAUGUGGAAGAACUCAAUGAGCCGGUAUCGUUCGGGUCAGCCACCUCCAGCCUUCCCAAGCCCGUCCUGCCCUGUCAGCCAGUCGAGAUAGAAAUUGAAACACCACAGCAAGCCAAGAAGAGACAGAGGAGGGAAAAGAGGAAAGCUGAAUUUGAGACCUACCUGCGAAGGAUGAUGAACCGUUUCAACAAGGAUGUGGUUGUAGACACCCAUAAGGUGCACCUGCUCUGCUUGUUAGCCAACGGUUUCUUUCGGAACAGGAUGUGCAGUGAACCAGAUCUCCAAGCUAUAGCCCUGUCUAUAAUACCAGAGCAGUUCACCAAAGUUACCCCGGAGCACGCAGACGUCAUGUACCUGUCAAAUCUCAUCAAGUGGUUUAUGUCAGCCUUUGUCCUGAACCCGGAGUUAUCCUAUGACGAGAACGAGAGCCGGGUGUCAGCUCUGGAGAGGAGGUUUGGGACUUUUGCUGCCAGAGACCAUGAAGAAAUGACACACCUUUUCUUAAUAAUUCUCAGGGCUUUACAGUUAUUUUGCCGUCUGGUGCUGUCUCUUCAACCCAUUUCUCUGAAAGGACCCCCAACUAAGAGCAAGUCAAGAACUUCCAGCCGCGCUUCGCGGGACAGUCCUGGUUCUUCCCGGAAGACCAAGCAAGCCAAAAAAAAGUGUCCAGUUCAGAAGAAAGGCAGGGCGAAGGGGGUUGAGGAAACCUCAUCUGAUGAGGAAAGUGAUGGGGCCUCAGAGAAGGGCCAAGGAGCCAAGCGAGCAGCCAGCGGGCAGGGCAGGUCUGGCAAGGGGGCAAAGAAACACAAGUCUUCAGAGGAGGCGGGCAGUGAUGGCAACAACCAACAGAGAGCAGCGAAGGAAGGAGUGCAGAGACCCAAGAAUGCCCGGCGCAGGACAGUGGCCUCCAAAGUCUCGUAUAAAGAGGAGAGUGGGAACGAAAACAGCAGUGACUCCGAGUUUGAGCUUUCCACUGACACGGAUUUCUCAGAAGGAGGAAAAAGCUGCACACGUAAGGGCAAAGGGCAGAAGUCUGGGCCUCGGAAAAAGAAGUCUGUUAAGAGAGAAAAAGAGACUGACAAACCACCAAAGGACAAGAGAGCCUCGCAAAAGGGAGCUGAGGUGCUAAGUGAUGAUGACGGAGACGUGAAAGUGGUUGGCGAGGUGUCUUCCAGGGGUACGGACCAGUGGCUGGAGGUCUACCUCGGUCGAGUAGGAAAAUGGGUUUGCGUGGAUUGCGUGCGACCUACGGUAAACCAGCCGCAACAGUGCUAUAAAUCCGCCACCAAACCGAUUGCCUACAUUGUGGGCAUUGAUGAUGAUGGCUUCGUUAAGGACAUUACAAGGCGCUACGACCCGGCGUGGAUGACGUCCACCAGGAAACACAGAGUAGAUGUUGAGUGGUGGGAGGAGACAUUGGAGUGCUAUCGGAGUCCGGUCAAUGAGAGGGAGAAGAAGGAAGAUCUGGAGCUUCAUGCCCAACUCCUGGACCAGCCACUACCAACUUCCAUUUCUGAGUACAAGAACCACCCGCUGUAUGUGCUGAAUAGGCAUCUCCUGAAAUACGAAGCCCUCUACCCACCAACCGCCGCCACCCUGGGCUACUGCAGAGGGGAGGCCGUCUAUUCCAGGGACUGUGUGCACACUUUGCAUUCUCGGGACACGUGGCUGAAAGAGGCCAGGGUAGUGAGACUGGGAGAGGUGCCAUACAAGAUGGUGAAAGGGUUUUCGAAUCGUUCCCGCAAGGCCCGCCUGGUGGAUACGGAGAGCCGUGAUAAAGACGACCUGCCGCUAUUCGGAUCCUGGCAGACAGAGGAGUACCAGCCCCCCGUGGCGGUGGACGGGAAGGUUCCCCGGAACGAGUAUGGGAACGUGUAUCUCUUCAAGCCCUGCAUGUUGCCCAUUGGCUGUGUUCGAAUGCAAGUCUCCAACCUCCACAAAGUGGCUCGCAAGCUGGGUAUUGACUGUGCCCCGGCGGUGACUGGCUUCGAUUUCCACUGUGGAUUCUCACACCCUGUUAUUGAAGGCUAUGUCGUGUGUGAGGAGUACAAAGAGGUUCUACUGGCCGCCUGGGAGAAUGAGCAAGCAGAGAUGGAGAGGAAAGAAAAAGAGAAACGUGAGAAGCGAGUCCUGGCAAACUGGACGCUGCUGGUGAAGGGAUUGCUGAUAAAAGAGCGGUUGAAGCAGCGAUAUGGAAAUCAGAAUGAAGCCAAGGUCCCCACAGGCACAGCAGAAGGGGGAGGGUUCUCCUCUGAUGAGGAGGGUCCCGGCUCUCAAUCCACUGCCCCUGACCUGGCCUGUUUCUGGCCCCAGAACAGACAGGCCCCAGAAGAAGAGGGAGGAAUUGUGAGAAAAAGCAAACGGGAGAAGAGGGGUGAACAAAAGAAUCUGUUUCCUUUUGAGAAGAAAUAAAAAAAAUUUAAAAAAGCAGGGGUCGAAAAAAAAAACUCUGAAGCUCCUGAGUUAACUGCUCCUGUUUGACGUGUGGGAUAAAGACCAGCUGACAGCUUUAGAAAUAGUUUCAAAAUUAACAUAUUUUUUUCUAAAAUGUAACUAACUCGAUAAUAGUUUUUUCCUCAAAGCACUGCAGGAUUGUUUGUAGAUACCAUUCUUUUAUACUGGUGUUUGUCAUUGUAUGUGAUUUUGAUGUUGUCUCUUAAUAUUUAUGCUGACGUGCCAGGUCUCUAGAGUGCUGUUUGGUUGUAUUUUGUCCUAGGUGGAGUUGUGGCUGGGGGAUACCUUGGCUUAAUUCACUAGUCUUUACUUCUGGUUGCCUGGAUGAGAUGACAAGUAAAAUGUGUUUGAACCGAGCCCCCAGUGGAUAGCAUUUCAGUUACGAAGCAUGCAGACUCAACUGCUCCCUCUACCCCCAAGCCUUUUUAAAUGUCUUGUGAUCUGAUAAAUGGAACUCUACAUGGUCUAUGAAGAGAUUUACGUAUCAAGGAAAAGUUAAGUCUUGAACGGCACACUGGAGAAGCUGGUAAGACUUUCUGGAAGUUAAAAAAACAACUGCUUAAAAAAAUGUAAUUACAUUUUUUAUUUUACACAGGUUCCAAACAUUGUUUUGAGAUUGUAUAGUUGACCACAAAUGACUUAAAAAAAUAAACUUUUGACUUUGUA